AUGAAAAGAAAUUACUCUCAUCAAAACAUUGGAAUCAUUAAAUCAUCUAUUGACAAAAAAUCUAUUUCUUAACUUGCUAAGGAGGAAAUAAGACAAAGUUAGAUAAAUCAUCAUUAAUCCAUUGUUAACUAAAAGGGAUUGAGUCUCAAAAUAUAAAUAAAACCUUCAAUUAAUCAUCAGAGCUUGAUCUAGCCGGAAACAGGGGAAACUUAUUAAGCUAAUCCCGUAAGUAUACAAAACAGCCAUUAAAUCUAGAAUCUGAGAAACUACUACUCAAACAUUAAGAUUAGCAACAAAGACACUGGCAUUAAAUGCAUGAAUUCUACAAUUAAAACUCAAAGCACUCAAAAUUAGAAUCCAUAACUAUUAAAUACCAUUAGGAAUCUUGGUAUUUCAUAAAAGCAGUAAGAAUAACUUAGAUAAGUUGGAUAAGGGAUGUAAAGGAGUUCUACUUAAGCCUAAAUUAAUCCAGCCUCAAGUAUUUUGAAUGAAAUGAAAGAUAUAAACUUCAAAAUACAGAACAUAUUUCAGUAGGAUAAUUUUCAAAUGAGUCAAACAAUAACCCCAACAUCUAUCCUUAUCAAUCAUGCUAAAGAAACUUAGAAUUAAUCUUCAGUAAAAUAAUCAAUUAACUUCAGCGAAACUUAUUAAUCAAACCUUUCAUAAUAAAGUAACUAGGAUAACCAAGAUAGAAGGAAUUAGUCUGGAAGUAAAAAGGCUAAACCUUAGCUCCCCAAAAAUCACUCAUCUCUCAAAUUAUUAAACCCUAUUAUAGAGCAAGCUGUCUCACUUUAAUAGGAAAAAAGAAGAAGCAGAAGUAGAAGAAAGAGAAGAAACGACAGUUAGUAAUCAAUUAAAGAAGAACCAGAGGAAGAGAUGAAGGAAUCCUUCCAAUAAACUGAUAGGACAAAAUAAAUAAAAUUAGACGAAAAUUGCUACAAAACUGAUAUAGAAAUUGGACAAACUCCAUGUUUCAAAAACUAAUUGUAAGAAUCAGAGAUAAAGCCUUAGAUGAAAAAUUCAGUUAGCCACUUUUCGUUACUAGCACAAGCAAUCUAAGAUGAAUCCCACAAGAAUCACAUUCAGAAUUUAAUUGAAACACAAAAAAAGCGUGAUGAUUCUCAAAACCACCAUAGCCGAAUUUUAAGUACAGCAUGUUCAACUGAAUAAGACUGUUCAACUACUAAGGAGCAUAGAGUACACAAAUUCAAGAUACCAAAGGUUUUAUCUAAACAAAUAUUUUCGAGACCAGAAUCUCAAGCUAUACCGUAAGUCUAGCCAAUGACCGCUGGAUCUAGUUAAAUAAUAGAUCGACUUUAAUCUAGAAACGGUUCAAGAACAGCGAGUAUAUAAGGUUCUAUCGAAAAAGCAAAAAGAUUUAACAUUAGUAUUUAAGAAUAAAUUGAGGAAGAAGCUAAUUAUGAAUAAAUAGUUGAUAGUCAGCACUAGCCAGAAAAAGACUUGAAUUUCUAAACAUUAUAAGAAUUUUUUUAGGCAAAAAAUCCGAAGAAUAAGCAAUAUCCUGAGAUUUAAAAAAUAAAAAUGGGGGAUACGAAUGAAGGUCCUAUCAAUGAAUCACUUCAUAGACCAAAGAAAAUUAAAACUAGAAAUCUUAGAAGAGGUGUGAUGACUUAUGACACAAGUAUUGAUAAGGAACAAACUUAAAUGCUUACAAUGAAAUGCAAUUCAAAUUAGACAUCUGCUUAGAAACAAUCUAAUUUCAGAGAGUUAGAGGAAUCUGGACUUUACAAAGAAAAACUCCAAUUUAAUUAGACUUUCAAAAGAAAGAGAAAUAGAUCUCAAAAUAACUAAUAUAAGAAGGAGUAUCUUGAGGACCAAGAAUUAUUGCAACUUACUAAAAGUUGCACGAAGAAAAGAUAUGGACCAAAUAUUGGAGCAUACAAAGAGCCUUAUGAAAAUCAGAGUAUUGACUUUAAUAAGACAUAUAAGUUUACUAUAGAAAAACAAAACAAUUCUAAUUAAAAAUUUGAGACAUAAACUUUAAAAUUGCCUGAGAUAUCUACGUCUUAAAACUUUUUGACUUUAUCUUUUAAAGCUAGUGGUAACAAAACUAGUCUAUAAUAAAAAAAUUAAUCAAGGGAAAAUUCUCCAACCUAGUAAUCAAAAAAGAUCUAAUUUGAAAAGCCAUAAUUAGAAAUAAGACAAUCAGUCUAAUAUUUGGAUAGAGUAGAAACAACUACUUCAAACAAUUCUAAUUAAAAUAAUAGAGUUAAUAAUUUGAAGUCACCUCAAGGGCUUACACCACUGAUUUCUAAUCAGUCCUCAUUCAUUGGAAAUAUAAGUACCAAUAAUUCUAAGAUUGAUCUUCUCAGAAACUAAUCCCAGUCAUUUUUAAAUGGUAUCUAGUCAUUGAAGAAUCAAUUUAACUCUCAAAGAUCUUAGGGCAGUGAAAGCGAUAAACCUCCAAUUAAAAUCCAACUAAAACAUAAUCAAAAAGAGAUAAGGAAGAAUCCAAGUUCUUCAUCAAUAAUGAUAAGCUAAGCAAUUAGCAAGAAAUCUUCUAUUAUUCUCAAUAAUAACAUAGGUAGCGCUCAAAGUAGUCAAGGUGGGGGUAGUACAAGGAAUAAAGAUUCUUCUUAAUAAAAAGGUACUGAAGAUGUUUUCCAUAAUUUGACUUUUGGAGUUUUCAAAGGAUCAGAAACCUCUAAAAAUAAUGGGAUUACCGCUAGAUUCAAUCAGCUUCCUCCCAGAAAUAUCUAAGAAAAUCUUGGCAAGACAAGACACCAAACUUAAGCCAUAUAGAACUCAGAUUAUUUAUGA